AUGAUAGUGAACCAAUCUGGCUGGGCGCACCUCCGCUCGGCUGGCGCCUCGCGCCGGUCGAGAAUCAUCAUCGCCGCCCUGAUCAUGUUCCUCGUGUCGGCGGCGCUGGUGCUACAGCCCGACUGGCAUGUUGCGACAUCCGGGCUGCGCGUGCCCGGCUUACAUCGCCCUGCGGCGUCAGGGUCUAGUACUACGCCCAUACCAGACGGAGGAGGAGGAGGAGGGCCUUCGUCAGAAACGACCAGCGACACGGAUUCCGGAGUUCUGGCUUCGAUACUCACGCCGGACGAGAACGGCGUGCUCCUCUCGGCCGGCAGCCCCGUGUUCACCUCGCCCAACGGGCGGUACUCGCUCGUCCUGCAGCCCGACGGGGAUCUUGUCCUGUCGCACAACGACCUCGACGGCUCAGCGCACGCGCUGUGGUGGACCGACACGGGCGACAAGCAUUCGGGCGGCCGCACCGUUACUGUGGAGAAGAAGGGCGGGCAUGUGCGGAUGGUUGUGCAUGCGAUGCUGAAGAACACGUGGGUGACGGUCUGGCACAGCGAUCUUCUCACGAUGUGCAAGAACCAAGCAGCGCCAGAAGGAGGUGCUCUCGUCAAGAAGGGCGGCGCCCGCGGCAGCCUAGAGCUCUCCAACGACGGGAAGCUCACCCUCGCGGGGGCGUGCGACUUGCGCAUCCCGCCGGACCACCGCGAGAAGAGCCGCAGCCUGGCCGUCAUCGUCGCGGGGCUGUACCGCACGAACCACGUUACCUGCAAGACGCACAUGGAGCACCUCGUCGACGGGCACCCGUCCUUUACCAAGAUCGAUGUGUUCGCGUACAUGCUGUACGAGCCCGCGGACGUGGAUGUGCACGGGCGCACGAAGGAGAGCAUCGAGGCGGAGCUGCGGGCGUGUUACGGGACGCAUCUGCGGUCGGUGGAUGUGGUGCCUGUUGCUGAGGCGGAGGUGGAGUAUCCCGGCGGCGAGGCGGCGAUGCUGCUCCCGUGCGGGGAUAGGUUGAGGCGGCUGAACAACCAGCUGAGGACGGUGUCGUUGGCGGCGCAGCGGUGGUGGGCGUGGACUGUGGCGAACGGGUUCACGCACGACACGGUGAUGCGGAUCCGGCCGGACACGUCGUUUUGGGCGCGGCCUGGGUUCAAGAGUCUGGAGGAGCUGGGGGAUGCGUUGGUGUUGCCGCAUCCAAAGGGGGAGCAUUACUUUUACUGCGCGAGGAUGAAGGGCAGCGUGGGUGUUGGCCCGACUGACCAGAUCGCGUACGGCAACGCGGCGUCGAUGCAGCAGUGGCUGUAUAUGUACGACCGGUUCGCGCAGAUGGUGGAUCUAGCGUCGAACCCGGACCGGCCGGCGCUGCGGGACUUCUCCGGGUGCGAGGACAUGCCGUCGGGCCCGCUGGCGAGCGACUGUCCGCGCCCGGCGCCGUGCUCGAUCGAGUGCCUUGUUGCGUGGUACCUGGACGCGCGCGGGGUGGACUUCCGGAUCGAGUGGGGGUGGGAGCAGAACCCGCUGCGGUGGAAGGAUAUCGGGAUGCUGGGCGCGGAGGAGGAGAGGAUGGCGGAUCAGCAUCAGGAGGAUAAGGAUGAUGGGAUGACGUGGGGAUGA